AUGCUGAUAUUUCAGAAAGGGUUUGAGACCCUGAAGACCCUUGUUCCUGCCCUCCAAGAAUCGUCAUCUCUCAAAGAAAGCAAAGCAUCAAUGCUUUUUAAGGCGGUGGAACAUUGUCGGCAGAUUCAGGCCGAGUGUAAGGCUCAACAGGAGGAGGCAUGUGCUCUGCGGCAAGAGUUAGGUUCCUUGAAUGAAGACAUUGAGAAACUACAGGCCCAGUUGCCUGAUUCUGGAGUGGAUCGAGUCCAUCGGCCUCGAGCCAACUUGAAAGACAUGUUUGAUGAAUACAUCACAAAGCGAACCAAAGAAAACUGGAAAUUUUUUUUUUUCAGUUACUUAAUCCGGCCUCUGUUUGAGUCGUACAACAAAAUGGUGAGCACCGAAACAAUGCAAAACUUUCAAGAUGCAGUCCAUCAUUGGCGAGAAGCAAUGUUAUCACUGACCAGCCUCAGACAAGGAAGUCUAACAGCCAUGCUUCAAAUUAGUACACAGACUUGUAUUAUGGAUAAACCGCACAAGGUCCCCACAGAGACUAAUGAAGGCAUUGUUCAGCUGUCUUUAUCUUUGAACAAAGAGGAUACCACAACACCAUCAGAAUCGGUGGAGGAAAAGAAUGUAGCAAGUCCUUUUUCAUCUUUUUCACCCCAGAAGUCUUUACCUGCUGUGUCGUUAAUCUCAUCAAAUUAUACUCCUAGUUUGCCAGCGACUUCUGCUUCAUUCUCCUCCUCAGUUUCUUCAACUUCUUUCUCCUCUUCAUCUUCCAUUUCAAAUCCCUCCAACCAAGCAUCUUCCUCAAACAAUUUUCUAGCCCCAGAUCCUGUAGAUAAUCUCAUGGUUGGAGCAAGUGCGGCUUCCACUGUUAACAACAUAGAUCUUUCAUUCCUGGACAGAUAUUCAGCCAAUUAUAACAGUCCCAUUAUGGAGAGAUCCAGUACUGAUUAUUUGUCAAUGCCAAACCAAAAUGUCAGCACAGAUGAGACUAAUAAUUUUCUCUGGGAUGAUAUGCAAGAAUUUAUGCUUCUAAAUGACCUGACCCAGAAAGAUAAACAUGAAGGUGCCUCUCCAGUUUCUACCCCACCAUUUGAUUUGAGCUCCUUUGAUUUGACGCAAUUCACAAACAAUUAUGAAACUUUUUCCGAUAAUCAGGUUAAUGCCCCUGUGGUUAAUAGCAGCAAAUUCCUGCGAAAGGUUUGA